CGUUUUCUUCUCUCACAUUUUUUAACCCCUACGUCUCUGCUGCUAAGCUCGCCACUAAGCUCACGCCUUGCGCGAUCAAGACGCAAAGCGAUCAGAUGCCCGGAGCUGAUUCAGUUUUCAGCGGAGAGCCCAGAGAGUAAGAUCGGUUUGUGCAACUUUCUUAUCGCAAAAGAAAGUCCUACGCGUCAAAUGAUUCAAACGGGAUCUAGUUCGAAGUGUUAAUCUUAAAUGAUUUGAAGUAAAUUAAGUGAAGUUUGUAGAACUUAAACUUUUCAUUUGUUCGCAUAAGUGUAAUAGUACGACAACUAGAAAGCAAUGGGCGAAAAACUAUCCCCAUCGACGACGGGUCCCAUUGGCUUAACUAAGAAGUCAUCACCCAAAGAGUCAAAGCCAAAGCCGAUGAAGCGCAAAAGCAAGGAGGAGAAGUUGAAUCACCUGUUCGGUGAACCUCCGAUAGAUGUUCCAGCCGGUAAGAAGCCUCCACAAAAAUCAGUGCUGGUGACCUACAUCCUGUGGCUGUUCGGCGGAUUCUUUGGGUUGCAUCAUCUCUACCUGCACCAGGAUCGUCGGGCGUUCGUUUGGUGGUGUACGCUGGGUGGUUACUUUGGUAUUGGGUGGCUCUCGGAAAUCUAUCAAAUUCCGGCCAUGGUGAGGGAUGCCAACGAGGAUCCACGCUUUGUGGAGGAGUUCAGGGAGAAGCUGCGACAGAAUAGUAAGCCACCGUUCCAAACACCACGCUUCGUGAUGGGUAUCAUGGUGGGAUACCUGUUUGGACAAGUGAUCAUGAUAGCGAUUCCGCAAGAAGUCUUUGCUGGAGUUGAUUGGAGCUUCCUUCACUGGUUGAUUCCGUUGGGCGUGGCUAUUGGUGUUUGGACCGUGGGCAACAUGGGUCGCGAGAAAGGAAUAUUUUGGCAUUGCCUGGUAGCAUCUUACGCUUCCUAUCCCCUGCGAUACUUCGUCCUUGACGAAGCAUACUGGUUCACAAUAAUGGCAGCAUGUUCUGCUUUCGCUUUCGAUUAUUUAUCCAAGGAGUGGGAUACAUCCGUCCCGAAGCGCGAAAAGCCACUGAAACGUGCCGCCAUAAUCGUUCCCUGUGUGCUGCUGUACCUCUCGCUCUGGGGAUGCUUCUUCUACUUCAACGGCACGAUCACCGACUCGGAUGGCGAUGAAGUUCCAGUGCACGAAGCGAUCCAUAACUUCAUCAGAUCGCCCUGGUGGACGGAUCUGAAGCAGACCAUCUCGGACACGAUUCAGUUUGCCCAGCACAACGGGUGGGCGGAGGUUUGGAAACAGAUUAUAGACUCGAUGGACGCCGAUGGGGAGCAGAAUGCGUACAAGGUGCUGGGAGUGAGUCCGACGGCUUCGCAGACCGAAAUCACCUCGGUGUGGCGGAAGUUGUCCCGCGAGAACCAUCCGGAUAAAGUUAAAGAUGAAAAUCUUCGUCGAGCGGCACAGGAGAAGUUCAUGGAGAUUCAGCAGGCGUACGAGGUGCUGAGCAAGAUCAAAUCCAAGAGGCGACAGCGGAAUAAGAAGUCGAAUGAGGAUCUUUAGGGGGGAAUCGAGUAUCGUUAAGUCCAAAGUAAAUCUAUCGUCUGACUGACCAUAAGGGAAUACUUACAAUGAAUUGAUUUCUUAUUUAAGCUGUAAAUAUUUAUGAAUAUUUCAAUAAAAAAUAAUAAAACUUA